CCAUGGAGGGUGGAUGGUGAAAAUAAUCUUCUGGUUCCUUUUAGUAAUAUUUAUGUUUUUUUGUUCCAAACGAGCUGAUCAGCUUUUAUGGUAAGCUGUACUCUUCUAAGCUUUGAGGCUUGCUUUUAGUUGUAAUUAGAUUUUGAAGAUACGAAAUUUUAGAAAACUAGAACCCUUUAUUUAUUGUAGUAGUCUUAGGUCUACAAGAAGACAAGAAGACUUCAUGAAGAAAUGACCAAACAAAGAGAAUGUUCAACGAGAAGACAAGGAGACUACAUAGGGAAUGAAGAGGAAGAUCAAAGAAGGCAAGGGAAUGAGAUGACAUAACAGACGAAGAGACAUGCUAUGCAAAGAAGAGUGCGAAAAGGAAUGCAGGAAAGGCAGUUCUUUGCAAUAAGAAAACUUCCGGAAAGCUAGAUAGACUAAUAAAAGGUUAUCCGCGAUUCCCUUACAAAUGAAGUUGUGGGUAUUGCCCGAAUCCACCAAGCCUAAUACCGAGCUACUUGUUAAAGAACUGUACAGCUUAAUAUUGGUACUAGUCUGGGUAUCCAGCCUUAUUGCUGAGCUGGCGGAGGCUGCAGCUGCGGAGAAAGGUAUCGUCUUUGAAGAAGCUAUGGAGGAUAGACUGUGUGCGUACUCGCGGGCAGUUGCCCACUUCCCGACAGCAGUCAAGGAGUUUCAAUGGAGAAAUGGCUGGUUCUAUGCGCUCUCAGAGAAAGCACUUGCUGCAGGAAAGCCCGAUCCAUGUCCAUUGCACACUGCAUGGCUCAAAGAAAUCAAUGUUGUAUAAAACUGUUUUUUGUGCUUAUCUUAUAUGUAUAUAUAGCAGCAUUACCCUAUGUCCUUUGAGGAAAUCGAAUUUCGAGUUUGGUAUUAGAAUAAAAGCCCCUUAAUAGCCUCUGUUUUCGACAUAUAAGGUUGUCCUUU